AUGGUGAGGCAAAAGAUUCAGAUCAAGAAGAUCGACAACUUGCCGGCAAGGCAAGUGACUUUUUCAAAGAGGAGAAGAGGGCUUUUCAAGAAGGCUCAAGAGCUUUCCACCCUUUGUGAUGCCGAGGUUGCCCUAAUCGUCUUCUCCGCCACGGGCCGGGCCUUCGAUUAUUCGAGCUCAAGCAUGAGGCAACUAAUCGAAAGGCGUAAACAGCAGUCAGAUACGUCUGAUAAAUUGAGGCAGCACCACCUCCAUAUUCAGACAGAGAGAGAUCAUCAUGCGACUGUCAGCAAGCGACUUGCAGACGUUACUCUUGAGCUAAAGCAACUCAUGGGAGAAGAGCUUCAGGGACUUGGCUUUCAUGAUUUGGCGAGGCUGGAGAAAUUGGUCGAGAUUGGAUUAAGUCGUGUUGGGAAAACAAAGAAUGACAAGCUUUUGAUUGAGAUCAACAAGUUGAAGACAAGGGAAGCGGAACUACUGGACGAAAAUGCAAGGUUGAAACGACAAGCUGAGGCUUGUGAUUUUGAAUGCACGCUAAAUACUGGCAACGACCAGGGAAGCUCGGCCGAGUCCAUUGCCAAUUCUCAUGGAUUACUGCAUAACAACAAGAGACUCUCAGAUACCUCUCUCAAGUUGGGCUUACCUUCUACCGACAGUAAAUGA